ACUAUCGAUAGUGCCAUCGAUAGUUUUAAGACUCUACUGUCAAAAUAUUGUAUUGCCUUUGGAAUAUGUAGAAAAUUCUUUGGUGCUGUGAGGAGAGCUCCUUGUAAGGAAGUUAGUUUUUUGGUAGCACAAAUUUCUUAAAGAAUCCACUGCCGUAAAUUUAAUCAACAUCGACACAAUAACAAGUAGCCUCAUCCUCCGAGAUGAGUAAAACUUUUUCUUCUAUGCGUUUUAGAACGUGCAAAUAUAAAGGCUGCGAUAACUACACACAUCAUAAGGUACCUUGCGGCAAUAAGGAAUUCACGAUUUUUCGAUUCCCCAAGGAUCCGAGACGAUAUGAGGAAUGGAUGAAACGAGGUAAAGUGCCAGAUGGAUUGCCGGAAUCACAUAUGCUCAUGUGUUCCGACCAUUUCGAUAAUAAGUAUAUAAUAAAAAAUGCACGUCGAACGAUUCUAGCAACCACAGCGGUACCAUUUUUUUAUUGUGGAGAUAAUAGUGACAUAGAUAGUGACGAUAAUAUUGAUAAGGAAUGUGAAGAAGCGAUGGAUAAAGUAGAUGAAGCAUUGGAUGCAGAAAUGGUAUUUUCCAUACAAGACUUAAAUGAUGAAUCGGCGCUCAUUAGACUAAAGGAGAGUAAACGCGUAGAUGUCGUUGAAUAUGGAAUGCUAGAUUAUGAAAAAGUGGACAAUCAAAGCGACACGGAAUAUUGUGUUGAAUCGACCACCAUGAAAGAAGCAGACGAGCACAUAGCAGAUAUGUUGGAAGAUUAUGAAGUUGCCAGCGAUUUUGAGGAAGAACUAUUGUCUGUAGUGACUCAAUCAGAGCCGAGAGAAGAUGCUGUUAAAGGUUACAAACCAAAUGUUAAAAAACGCAAAAUAAAUUCGGACAUAGAGGACAACCAGGAGCCUACCAGCUCCAAAGCUCUAGUGUCGAAAAUAAUGGCUCAAGUUGAAAAAAGUGACAACAGUGCCGCAGUAUUGAAACGAAGCGGAAAGCAGGAAGACGGGGAACACAUUAAACACUUGCGACUGCAAACCAAAAAGCCAAGCACUCCACAACCCGAAGCUCAGAAAAUUGACCCGGACACAUUGGUGGACUCAAAAGCAGUUACGUGUUUUAUUUUCAAGGGUGAGGAGUAUGUGCAAAUGCCCAAAGAGUAUUAUGUACAAGAAAAAUUGGAAGUCAUCGAAAAGUUGAAAAGAUAUGAAAAUGCAUUGCAGACAUUCAAAAAGAAUUUAUUGGACUUGGAUUUACCAUAAGGAACUUGACAAUUACACAUUUUCCUUUUAAUCUUUUAUAUACAUCAUAAGCACUUGCGUCCUUAAUAAAACAAAUUCCAUUUUCUUUAA